AGCAGAUUCAAGAUAGAUGGUGUAAGCUCAACGACCAGUCCCUUUUGGUAUCCCUUUUUCCACCAGAAUGGCACCCACUUCCAACUUAUUAAAGUGUUUGCACAUGCACUUGAUGUGGCCCUGUAGAAUAUGUCAUAGAGGAGCUUGAAUUGAAGCGUCUUGCGUCUCCUGUUAGAUGUUUCGUGGCGCGCAACGUCACCUGUUCAGAGUUGUGUGGCAUUAAACACACACCUGCAAAAACCCAUGGGGUCUCCCCGAUUGGAGGGCUUUCUCUUCAUGUGUCAUGGCUUACUUUCAGGGCUACAACAAGGUACCUCUCCAGGCCUAACCCUGAAAAAGACGACCAGUCUGACCAGUGCCAAGCCAACCUCAGUGUUUUUUGUUCUGCCAUAGGAACGCCAUCGAUGCAUCGAUGGGUCCGUGUCCUGGGUUUUGCGGUUCGGUCUUCGAGUGAGGGACCCGUCGUACAGCCAGGGAGGGCACACUGGUGGGCUCGAAACAUGUGCAGCCCCCCUACAUCUUCAUAAGAAAUACCAGUUGACCCACGUUCAAGACUGCGUUGAGAAAGGGGACGUUCAAAAAAAACAGUUCUUUGAAGUAGGUCCUCGAAUCAGUAUUGAAGCAUAGAGGGGUGAAUUGUUUUAAUUAUUGUUGUGGAAUGAAGCCUCCAGUGUGAGAGAGAGAGAGAGACACGUAUCAGCCCUUUUGCCGAAAGUCUUGGACCCUUGCAGCAACCCCAUUCGUACUCAGGUUCCAUGAAUUUCCAUGAAUUUCACCCCAACCAUCCCCAACCCAAAAGAAGAACUUCACCGCACCUUUCACACGCAUGGAUUCGAUGUUGAUUGAAAACCCCGUUGCUUCACAACACUCAGCUCCCACACUCCUCUCCUGUUCCUCUUCCCGCCGCACCCGCCACCCCCCCGAUCCAUGCGCCGGCGGGCGCGCGACACGCGGUGCAGGCGCAGCACGUGCGGAUGAACCUGAAGAUUUCCAUCCAGGCCUUGAGCGGGCUGGAUGCCACCUGCGAGGUGGGCUCCUGGACCCGGCCUGCCAGGCGGUCGAGCAGCCCACGACACCGCCCAUCCAGCAGUUCGGAUGGGAGAAGUGUGAAAACGAGCAACUUCAGCAACUUUCGUGCCCUGUCCGACUUCUCGCCUGAAGCAGAGGCACCGGGGUACGUCAGGUGGACGAUCCUUCUCGCCCAGGAGGUACCUGGACCCUAUGGGGAUGAGAAGAACAUCAACUUCCGCUUCGAUCGGGUUGGACUUCCGACGACCCAGAAUCACCUCCAAGAGCCUGGCGCUGGGCCGCUGGGACUUGGAGACCUUCGAGGUGGUCUCUCAGCACGCCGCAAGCACCAAAGACUUGGCGCAUCGCAUGUAUGCGCUGUGCUUGCGGCAGCUGCGCUCCUCGCGGCUGUCGGCCGCCGAACAGGAGGAGGCACUCGAAGCACUGAUGCUCAAGCUGCGAAGGCAGUGGUGCCUGCGCCGUCCUGUGGCCUGCUCUUCACAGCAGUGCCCCAUUCCGCCCCGCGCGAGGCGACCCUGGAUGCCGAAGAGGCACAGGAGGCGGCUGCGAAGGCCAAGAAAGGGGCGGAGGCCGUUCUGCCCCCCAGUUUGUACUCCUCGCCCUUGUACUUGGACCUGGAUGCAGAGGAUCCUGAAGCGCGUUUGGCCAGGCCCCUGCAGGAGUUGGAGAACCACCUCACAAGCAUCAGGACGAUUGCCAUGGCACUGGUACCACCGGAGCCAGAUGUGCCAGCGAGUGAAGCUCCUCAGCUCCAAGUGGUCUCGGCGCCGGUCUCCCCCUUGGCCUCAGUUGCUGGACAAUCCCCUGCACCGUCUUCAGCCCCUGAAGUCUUGGCCAAGGCUCCUCAGGCACGCGACUCGACGGGACCUCGGAGCGCGCCCUGGCGGAGGAUUCCAGACCAUCCAUGGGGGUUGAUCCCUAGACCUCCUGGCCGACCUUCCAAGGGGGAUCCCAACGAGGGCGACAUGGCGAAGUUCCAGGCGGUGCUUGCCACCUCCGCCAUGCACGCCGCCUACGUGCAUCGCAUCAAAGAAACCUUGGAGGCUGCCAGCGCCCUGAACCGAGAGGCCUCGGGCGUCAUCGGCGCCUUGGCGGGCAAGCUGCAGGAGAUGGCGAAAGACCGGGAGUUGUGGAUCCACCGGUGCCUGGCGGAGAAGGAGAUCCAGCAAGCCAGCCACUUGCUGAAGCGGGCCGUGCACGAAAGGUUCCACCCAACACCCUUCUCAGCCGCCGCGGCCGGAUGAUGGAAAACAUGUGCCACCGUCCGAGGGUGCAGCGCAGCGUUGGGACAGGGGAGCUUCCGAGGAACUUCGAACUUCCAGCUGAGGGAAGUCGUUCAUUCCAACUGUGAUGACCCCCUUCU